CGGAACUCCUCCACGAAUAUCGCUAGGCUCACAGCCCAAGCUAGCUUCAGCUUCAGCUUCAAGCCUCAUUAAGUAGCUUUUGUAUGAUCUCUACUCUCCUCACACUGUGAUCGCUGAUCAUGAUACUUUGCUAGAUGUCUUCCUCACGUUCGAGGCAGUUCAAGUCAAGUGGAUCCGCUGGGAACCGGAGCCGGAGCCAGAGGUUUGGAGGGGAUCCCAAAAACGAGGAUGAGAACAUACCCACAGCACAUAACCAAACAACCCCGCCCUCGUCUACCUCAUGGUCUAUACGCGCUCUGCCAGUUUCUGCGACCGGAAUACCUCCACUAACAACGUUCUGCAUGCGCGCUUUCGCACAGGGCUUCCGGAGACUCUCGUCGGACGAAGCCUCCACAGAGGAACUCAAAGCGUGGCUUUCAGCAGUCCCAGACACUUAUAUUUCGCGAAUCUUCACAAUUUUGAAAGAUCAUGGAGUCUAUCCGAGCAAUGAUUUCAUUGCAGCGUACCUUUUACGCGGACCGUCUAUAACUCUCGAUGGCGAGAAUAUGCCAGACGUGAGCAAGAACACAGUGGCCGCUAUCACGAGGCGUACGGCGGUCAGAGAGCACCUUCAGGAACUUCACCUCCGAGAUCUUGGUAAGAUACAGGACGCGACCUUUGCCAUAGUAGUUGAGAGGCUUCCUGCCCUCCGUAUAUUGGACCUUGGGGGAUGCACUAAGGUCGGUGCGAAGACCGUCGAAGCGGCCGGCAUAUCUUGUCCUGCCUUGUUGACACUUAACGUUAACUACACGUCUGUGCAGCCUGCACAUGUUGCUCCAGUCCUGCAGGCAUGUAAGUCCCUCAAGACCAUGAAGGUUGCGGGCAUUUCCAGCUGGACAGAGGCCGGUGUCGCCAAACUGUGGAAUGCCCUCGGUGUUAAAAGUGCUUCUAACUUCGAACCUCUCGGUCUUCGCUCUCUCAAGCUGAAGCUGAACCCCAUAACGGAUCAAGUAUUUAACACGUUUCUCGAGAUAUGUCCCCAGCUACGCCGCUUGGAUGUAUCAUUCACUGGGAUCCGACGUCCAGCUACUCUAUUAAAGUCUACUACACUCGAGAAGUUGUCCUUGACGUCAACUGCUAUUGCUAGCGCCGAUUUACUUAAGGCCGUUGACGGUAUGACUGAACUGAGGACGCUCUCGCUCGGCGCACUUGGGCGAACAGGUGGAUCAUCAAUCGCCGUUGCAAAUACUUCUGCCAUGACAAUGACUGAUGACACGCUCAAGAAGCUGAGUGGCAUCCUCGCGGGGUGCAAACACCUGAAAAGCGUCAACCUAGCCGGUAAUACGAAACUCGGCACUGUCACUGGCUCGUCGUUGACUGACUUCGUACGUCACGUGGGCAGGAACUGCGAGGUUCUCAACUUGUCAGGAGUGACAUCCCUCCGUUCAUCCAAUCUUGAAGGGCUCUUGGCCGAUGAUCUCAAUCUACCGGAAUCACCCCUGCGAGUCUUCAAAUUGAACAACACUGAUGUCGAUGAUUCCGCCGCCCCAUACAUCUCUACGUGCAGGUCGCUGGAAACUUUGGAAGUUGGAGGAGCAAAGAUUACCAGCGAAGGUCUCUAUGACAUCCUCGAUGGUUGCACUAUGCUGCAACGAUUGGAUCUGACCAGUUGUAGGGGUGUCCCCCUUACACAGAGGCGCAAUUUCUUUGAGGCGUACUACGAAGCAAGAUCGUAAAGGACCGUAGGCCAGACAGCGUAUAUGUGAGUUGAACCUAGGUUGCCAGCGACGAUCCCGCCUGGUUCCAGUCAUCACCCUGGAUAAUCAAGGGAGCAUUGGCGAGGCAGACUGGGCAAGCCGAGACAAUGCUGACAGUGCGCAGCUUCGCUCCCCGUUUAUAAAAGCAGCCGUACAUGUGGCAACAUGGUAGCAAUCAGGAGAGAAAUGAAUGUUUUACUGAUCAUGUUACAUCCACCACAAGCCCGCCAUCAGGA